AUGUUUAAGAGUUGGUUACAAGCUAAGGGCCUUUGGAUUAAAGAGACUGUCAUGAAGGCAAAAAUCACCCUCAUUGCCCUCGCCUGUUUGGUCGCUGCCAAUGCUGGUUUAAUUGAAACCCACCAUGUAAUCCAGGAACCCGUUCUCACUAAAGUCGGUGCUGUGGUCCAUAGCGCACCUUCGGCUGUAUCACAUCAAAGUUUUACCCGUGUCCACAAUAAGGCUGUCAUUACACCUGUUAUUACCCCAGUUGUGAAGACCACCGUUCAUGCUGCUCCACUAGUUAAGACCAUCGAACCUGUUGUUCAUCAUACCUAUACUGCUGCCAUUCCUUCAGUACACUCUGUUCCAGUUGUACAUUCUGCCUUUGUGCACUCGGCUCCCAUAGUUCAUACAGCUCCAGUUGUUAAAACUAUUGCCCCCGCUGCUUAUGCCAUUCAUCAUUAA